AUGCAGGAUAUAGAGGGCUUGAUACCGGACCCACAUGCAAACUUUGGGGGCAGCCCGAUCUACAAUACAUCCGCUGUGGAGUCUCGGAACGCAAAUCUACUCCCAUCUAAACCCUAUGUUCCUGUUGGUACUUCUCAUAUUGAUGAUUCCAAUCACCAAAUGGGUCUUGGUUUUGGACUGCCAGAUGAGCUGGACACCUGGGACACUGACGUGUUUUCCUUCAACAAUGUCGUCCCAGCUCAGUUCCUGGACACCGAUAUCUCACUUUGCGAUCUUUUCCAACAAUUCCCUCCACAAGACCACCCGGCAUCUCAGGAAGAUUUCCGACCGACUACAGACCUAGUUGGGCUUCCAUCGCCUCAGGAGGUUCGGUCUUUGACUCCCGCAGAGAUACCAAACCCUCAGAACCCGCCACUUCCACCACGAUUCCCUUCAGCCAAUGACCAGUUGGACAAUAGCAACCUUGAUGCAGAAUCAGACACCGUGGAAUACCCUUGGAUCCUGUCCGCUGCGGCUUACAAGCAGAUUUCGGAAAAGGUGGCGCAGAGCAAGUCGAUCUUACCUGACUUUAAGCUUCCGUCCAAAUUCACUCUCAUUCGUUACCUUGAAGGAUACUUUUGCGGAUUCCAUGACCACUUACCUUUUCUUCAUCCGGUUACGUUCGACCCACAAAAUAUUGAACUUGAGUUGUUUCUUGCGCUGACCGCGUGUGGGGCGUUAUAUCGGUUUGAACACGCACAGGGCUAUCAAAUGUAUGACGCUGCUCGAUGUCUCGUGGACCGAAGCUUUUCCAUCCGCCGGCGCCGCACCAUGAGAAGAAUGACUGUUGGCUCCCCGGUGUCUGUGGAUACAAGAGGAAAUCUAUAUUCCCCAUCAAGGACCUCGGGUGCGCCCCAGUCAGCUGAAAGUUGCAGCAACUAUGAUGAGCCACACUCGCAAACAUGUCUACAAAGGGUUCAGACACUCAUUAUUCUUAUGGCCAUGAGCGCUUGGGGGGAGCAACCGCUUGUUCAAGACAGUCUGGCCAUGGGAAGUCAGCUUGCAGUACUUGUACGGGAAAUCGGGAUCAGUCAACCAGAUAAUACGACCGAUAUGACCCUCUCGUGGACAACCUGGGUUAGGCACCAGCAACGGAGACGUACCUUACUCGUCGCCUACAUUCUCUUCAAUCUUCAUAGCAUUGCUUACAAUGUCCCACCGCUGAUUCUUAACCAAGAAGUGGCACUUUGCCUGCCGUCCUGCGAGGCAGAAUGGAAAGUCAGAUCACAGGCUGGCUGGGAGCGAUAUCGGCAAGGUUACAGUUACCAUUACCGUGAGCAUGCUUUCACUGUAACACUGGAUCGUCUACUCCAGGGCCGCAGUGUUUCCGAUCAUGGCGCCAUUUCAGCUUUUUCAAACUAUGUCCUCAUACAUGGUCUCGUCCAAAAAAUCAACCUUGAACAUCAAACCGCAACUUGUCUUCCCCACGAUGGUUCUUCGAUGCGCCCGCAGUUACUAAAGCUAAUGGAGACGGCUUUACGAUCUUGGCAAUCUUCAUGGGAGGCCACCUACGAAUCCACACUGGAUCCUUGUUCACCUAAGGGUCCCCUGGGAUUCAAUGCAACGGCAUUGCUACGGCUGGCGUAUAUCCGACUGAAUGCCAAUCUAGGGCCCUGCCGUGACCUUACCUCUGGAAAUCCAGCUCGCGUCCAACAAAUCUUCACCAGCACUGAUACGGUUUGCCUUUCUCGCUCUCCGUCAUUAGACCGGGCUGUCUUACAGUGUAUCCAUGCUCUCAGUAUUCCGGUCCGUGUUGGCAUUCCAUACUUGGCACGGACCCAAACUCUGCACUGGAGUAUUCAACACUCGAUAUGCAGCCUCGAAUGUGCGUUCCUCUUAACUAGAUGGAUGCAAGAAAUUGCUAAAGCUGUUAGUGCCGGCGGAAUGACAGCGCUUCGCGGAGAUGAGCAGAAGCUGCUUGCUAUGAUAACGAGUCUAAUUCAAGAGACACAUCUUCAAGAGACGUUGGAAUAUCGGGAGGAUCUUCCAACUCGGAUCAAUCGUCUCGCGGCUUCAACCGCUCGACUGUGGGCCGAGAUAUCCAGUGCCACCCAUGUUUUCAAUAUUGUUCAUCGCAUCGGGGCUUCCUUGUCUACUGUUGCUGAUAUUUUAGAAUCUCAACUGCCCCCGCCUUGUAUUUCUACCUAG